CCAAUUUCUGUUAAAUUUUUGGUUGUACUUUUAGUUUGCGAAUUUCAUCAAUUAAAAUCUAAAUUACAAUUUCGAUGAAAGCAAUCAAACGAUGACGCAGCUACUGAAUAUUCAAUUAAUUUCCAAUUGAUGAAAUAAAAUUUUUGUGGAAGCAUAUCCCAACAAAUAAAACAAAAUUCCAAAUGAAAUGUCUGCAGCGCCAUCUAUCACUGUUGUUUUGCAUUUUGCUGACAGUAUUGUUGUCAUUUUAUUAACAAAAAAAAAAUUGUAAGAAAAAGUAGAAGUUGGAGUUGACUCUAAAUUUAUCAAAUUUAUUUUGACCGCAUACUAAAUCGACUUAACUAAAUCAAGUAACUCCAAUUACUUUCUGUGAAAAUAAUGCCCAUUUUGCCAAAGUGGCGUUUGUAAGCGAUAAUCAGAGUUUUGAGCGUUAUUUCCUCCAAAAUCUUGGAAAGAUGCAGCAAGUCGACGAUCCGCCCUAUUUGUCAGUCGGAACGGAGGUUAGCGCUAAAUAUAAAGGGGCCUUUUGUGAAGCAAAAGUCAGAAAAGUCGUACGCAACAUCAAAUGUAAGGUCGCCUACAAACAAGGUGGAUCGGGCACAGUUUCUGACGAACAGAUCAAAAGUGAUCUGUUACGAGUCGGUGGAACUGUCGAGGUCGAGGUGCCUCAAGUCAAGCAUCCCGAUCGAAAGGAAUUGGUUGAGGCGACGAUAACGAAAAUUCAGGAUUGUUCGCAGUACACGGUUGUGUUCGAUGAUGGCGAUAUCACAACAUUGAGACGAAGUGCGCUGUGUUUGAAGAGUGGGCGGCACUUCAAUGAGAGUGAAACAUUGGAUCAAUUGCCGCUAACGCAUCCGGAACAUUUCGGAAAUCCUGUAAUCGGCGGUCGACGGGGACGAAGAAAUUUGGACCUAAACAAAAAAAAUGUUGUUAGAUCGAGGCACAUGCCGGAUGACAGUUCCGACGAUGAAGAGGAAACGGUUACAACAAAGCAAAGAAUUAUCGAAAAAGAGGAGCAUAUCGGCAAAGUGGUCUGUGUUGAAAACACCGAAACCAAGAAGAAAUCGUCGAAAGAAAACUGGUUUCCCGCAUUAGUGGUAGCACCCACAGACACUGUACGCAUCCGGGUCAAAGACGAAUAUCUGGUUAGAUCGUUCAAAGACGGCAGGUACUACACCGUUCCGAAAAAAGAGGCGACCGACUUCACGAAAGACAAAGCUUCCAAGCAAGACAGUGAUGCUGUUCAAGCUGCGCUUGAGUACAUGCAUAAAGAUAAUUUACCGCCGCAUUGGGAUCGCGAUGUAUUAUUCGGCCUGGGCAAUUGUUCGAGUGACUUCGAAGGUGACUACGAAUCCGAUACGUCAGAUGACGAACCACGCGAAGAAAAGGAUCAUUUUGUUGCACAGUUGUACAAGUAUAUGGAUGAUCGCGGAACGCCAUUAAAUAAAGGACCGUCGAUUACGAACAAAGAUGUCGAUCUGUAUCGACUGUUUCGAGCAGUUCAAAAGCUCGGUGGCUACAAUCGUGUGACGACUCAAAGCCAAUGGAAGCAAAUAGCGACACGUCUGGGCUAUACACCGACGACAACGAGCAUUCAAAAUUUGGUGAAGCAAGCGUAUAAGAAAUUUCUGCUUCCAUUCGAAGAAUUCGAUCGAAAAUUAGGAUGUACAAUGGUGGCACAUCCCCGUGCCAAUCGCAUCAAGGGCAGAAAUUUGGUGCGAGCACAUUCGGUUGCAUCACCGAAGCCGGAAAAAGACGUUAAGCCAGUCGUUGCAGCUACCACAACUGAAGAAUCGGAAAGCAGUGUGGAGCCCGUUAUUGAGAAAAAACGCAAAUUGUCCACAAGCAGCAGCGGCAAAGUGAAGGCUAUGGUCGAGAAAUACGAAGAGAAGUUCAAAGAAGAACUGAAGGAAAUCAAAACGGAAAUUGUGGAAGUCGUAAAGGAGGAGCCAAAACCGAAGGAAAAGGAAAGCAAAAAAGCUGUGGCCAAGGAACAGAAAGAAUCGGCCAAAGAAACGAAGCAGAAGGAACUGGCAACGGAGGUGAAAAUCGAAAAGAACCCAGAUCCGGUGCCGUCAACGUCUGCGAAAAAGAUUAAAGAAGAAGUUAUUCCGGCUCCGCCAACUACACCCGCUCCCGUUCCAGCAACAAUACCUGCAAAGAAAGAAAAGGGAACAAAACGUCAACAAGCCAAUAACGACGAAAAGAAACCGACAAAGAAGCGUAAGGCUGAUGCUGAGCCAGAAAAGCCGGCGGAAAAGGUCGAAAAGCCAGAGGCUGUAGUGCAAGAUUUUCCAGUUGAAGUCGGCGAUAAACUCAAAGUUUAUUAUCAUGAGCAGAAAGUCACGUAUGAGGCGAAAGUAAUCGAAAUAUCCGUUCAGCAAGGGGUUUGUCUGUACUUAGUGCAUUACACAGGAUGGAAUACACGUUACGAUGAAUGGGUGCCGCGUGAAAGAAUUGCGGAAAACUUAACCAACAGCAAAACGAUAAAACGUUCCAAGACUGGAAACAGCCGCACGAGCAGCACAAAUUCAGACAAGACACCUCACAUGCAAAUUGCACCUAUCAAACAAGGAAUGCGUAAAGGUAGAGGCGGUUCACGAGGAGAUUCACAGCCACCACGAUCCACAACACCAUCGUCCAUUGCAUCGAAUUCCAGUCGCACAAAGUCCCCAGCCAUACCGGCACAACGACGAACGACUCGAGCGCAACCUAAUGCUGUGCGCCGUACAUCGAACAACACUGACAUCUCAUCGGUUCAAACUGACGACAGCGAUUCCGAUUCGGAUGAGCCGGUGAAAAAACCUUCGACACGAAAAAUUCCAUUCCAACGAGCGUCUCAAACUCAGUCAGUAUCGACACCGUCAACAUCCAACACGAAUAAGCCGGUCUCGAACACAAGUUCAGAAGAAGAAUCGGCUGGCACUAGCAACAAAGGCCGCGAUUUCGAUUUGAAUCAAAUUCGUUCGGAAUUGAAGGGUUUCAAGGAGUUGAAAUUGCCUGCUUCUGAAAUCGAAAUCGAGACUGAAUCAACGUCCGAAAAGAAGUUCGAGUGUCCCAGUACAACAUCGAAUACGGAGUCUGGUGAUUCAAUAAUGCAAGACAUGGCAAAAACGGAAACGUCCGAUCUAUCAUCCGAAUCCGAUUCGUACGACGACGAUUCUCAAUUUUCCGAUCGAACUACCACUUUGGAAAAUAUAUCCGAGUCGUUACAGGAGAAAUUCAAGUCGGGUAAAUUGGACACCGACGUUUUCAAAAAAGCUGUACCUGAGCCGAGCGAAUUCGUUGAGAAAAUGGCUGUGCUAAAGGCAUCAGGAAUUGAGAAAAUUAUUAAAAAUAGCUUGGCGGAUCGGUCGAAAGCGUUGCCAGAAAAAAUGACAAUGAAAGCUCUGUGUGAACGAUCGCCCCUGAAGCAGAAAGAAAGGAUCAAAGAAAAGGAUGAAAAAUUACCGGUAGAACCUAAAGCACCGUCGAAACCGUUGAUUGAAACGAAAGUGCUGCCCAGUAUGGACAGGAAUGUUGCUAAUAAAAUUGAAAAACCGGCCACCGUUGAAAAGUCUCCAUUCAAAGCGGCAUUCGAAAGGGACAAAACCGUUCCCUGCAAAAGUAUUUUCGAAAAGGCAACUACAAGUUUGCCUGCCAGUACGGACAAUUUUCUUAUCCGGACGACUACUGCUGAUUUCACGCCUGCAGACAAAAUUUCGCAGCCGACAGCUCCAGCUGUCAGUCAGCCCGUAUCUCAGGUUUCCAGUGCUAGCGAUAUUUAUGAAUUCAAGGAACCGGAGCCGUUCGAAUUUGAAGCUGUCAAAAAACUUUCACCAGAAGUUGAUAAAAAAUUGAAAAAGAAAUCAUUGGCUGAACUUGCAGUCGAUUCAAAAGCAUUCCCAACGUCGACGUCGACUACCACUCCAGUUAAAAAAUCCAAAAAAUCGCCGUCUAAGGAUCUGGAACCAAAGAUGAAACCACAAAAGCAGCAGCAGCAAGAUGAUCAGGUAUCACCAGUAACGUCACCGCCUGCCACUCUCGUUCCUCCGAAAAUUGAUUCGAUUUUUGAUUCAUUGCGAAAAUCGCCGAGUUUCAAUAUCAACUCUUCCAAUACUGGCUUGUCGGAUGAUCUAUAUGUGACCAGUUCGUCCAAAGAACCACCUAAGCUGGAAGUGUUGCCAGUUACUGUUGCUAAAUCCACAUUUAUUCCUACGCUUUUCAAUACUGCAAGCAGCGUAGAAACUGCAAAAAUUUUUGAUGUUAAGCCUGGUGUAUUGGAGAAAGAGGACGAUGACAAUGACAAGCCCGUCGAACUGGAAACUGCGAAGAAAAUUCUACUGGCUGAUGAGGUGUUUGAGUUGGACCCACCUAAGAUCGAUAAGCCAUCUUCAAUUGCCGACAAGGUUUUGAAAGCGUUAAAUCAACAACAGCAGCAACAACAGAGGCAAGACCAACACGACACUACUGAAGAGGUGGUAGAAAACAAACCAGCAGUCUGUGAGAAAGCUGCAGUCGCAACAUCUCCUACCAAUAUCGAUACAACAGUCGAUACAGUUUUGGAACCGCCGAUUUUUGAGCCACCAAAAAUUGAAUUGCCAACUCAUAUUAAAAAGGAACCGGAGAGUCAGCCUAAGAAACCAGUUCUUAGUUCUCCGGAGCAUAAACUCGACAUCCUUGAGUCUAUUGCACCGAAAAACAACGACCUUAGUGAAACAAUUCAGAAAUUAGAGUCCGUCAUCCAGCACAGUGCGGAUAUGGGACAGAUGUCAGAUGAUUCGUCAGACAGUACCGAUUCGGAGCGAAGACUCGUCAUCGAAGAUGAGUCUCAGAGCUCAGAAACUCAAAAUGAAUUUAACAAAGCCGAUUCGCAGCCAAUCAGUGAAUCCAUCAAACCAGCGAUCACUGUUCCAGGUGACCGUAAAGUUUUCGAAAUACAAAAUGUGGAGGACAAUGCUAUUGGAUUGAAAUUCUCCUCAACUACUCAUUUCUCUGCUGCACAACAGAAAGUCAAAGCUACAACGGAACAACCGACAAUGAAGUCAGCGUUCGAUCUGAUGGCUACAUACACAGCUACCGCUAAACCAAUAACCCUCGUACAACCACGCCAGGCGGAAGCUUCCCAGAUAAAGGAAGAAUCCGACGAGGACCACACUAUUGGUUCCACAUCAACCGUCGAGACCACACAUAACGAAACGUUGCAACUGUUGCUGUGCGAAGAAACUAUUCCAGGCAGUCCAGCGCCACCAGCGCGUGACGUAUUUACACAUUCAAUGGAUACCGACACAAAUACGGUACCGAUGGAAAUCGACGAUCCAAAAGUCAUCAAAUCAGAUAAUGUGUCGCUCAAUAGUUCGCGACAUGAUUCGUUGAGUCAUGACGAUAGUAGCGAAGAUGUGAGAAAAACUGAUCAAGAUGACAUAACAAGCAGACGACGUAGACGAACCAGAAAAGCAUCUGAGUCAGACACACCAGCAGCAUCGAUCAAACGUCGUAAGGCUAACAGUCGACGUAAUACAGCUACAGGAUCUGACAGCGAAGACACCGACAAUGUCCAACGAUUCCCCGAUCGGCAACCGAUCAAGCAGAGCCAGUACAACUUCUUAGUGCAAUUGGAUUCAGCUCUGAACAGCCAUCAACGUAUUGCCAUUUUGAACAAACAAAUUGAUGAUCUGCGAAAGACUUACAAUAUGAUUAAGACUGAACUGGCAAGUAUUGAUCGUCGCCGAAAGAAGUUGAGACGCCGGGAACGGGAAAAUAAGAAGCAACAACAAAUGAAAAUGCAAUCGACUAGUUGAACGGCGAGGAAAAUGUGAACGGUGGAAGAUUUUUACAGAUUGUAUUGUAUCGAGCGAUUGUAUCCUGUUGAAUGCUGCUUUUUAACUGUAUAAAAAAACAUUCAUUAAAAACUAGUAUUGGUACACAG